AUGGAAAAGGGGUGGCGGUCAACUGAGAAUAUUAUCAUCACCAUCACGGUAAAGCAGGUACAUCAUGACCCGGAGAGGUUUAGAUUAGAACUCUGGCUUUUCUCACUCUUUCCUGCUGGGAGGCGUGGACGGUGCUGGGCAGAGCUGCCAGCUUCCAGGCGGGAAGGAAGGAGGAGAACAGAUGGCCCGCUGGGGGUAGGGGAUCACGUGUCGGACCUCACUCUGGGCUGGAUCCAGACUUCCUUCAGGACCCAGGUCCUUCGGCUCCAGCGCGUCCACCUAGGCACACAGCAUAUAUCUGGGGGAAAAGUAGCGUUCACUUUAGUGAGAGCUGGGGAAUUAGGGGAAAGUGGUGAGUUUGGGGAGGAGGAGGAGGCGGGCCGAAGGGAUCGGGGCUCCCAGCAAAGGCAGUGUUCUGGAUUUGAAACACAAUCAGGUAAAGACCUAUCUGCCAAAACGCCCGUGGCCGUAACGUCAGUUAACACGCAGGGGCUGGGGGGAGGGGGGCCUCCGGCCCGCGCGAAAACUUGCACAACGCCCUACUUCGCUCUCGCUGCACUUAGCAGCCUUCCGCAAAAACUCCAGGCCUCUCCUUUGCCGAGCAGAAAGGCCACACGUUCAUACAUAUGCAGGAGGAUAAGUUUAGCUAGCAGCCCCCCGCGCGCGGAGAGGCCCUGCGCGGCGCACCGUGCAUCACCCGCGCUCGGGGGCGGGCGCUCGGCUCCCGCAGCCGACUGGCGGGCGGCGCGCCCCGCGCUGCGAGCAAGGCUGGGGCGGGAGCAAGGGGAGCGCAGGGAGGCGGGUGCUGCUGUCCGCGGGCGGGGCGGGCCGGCCGGCCGGGCCGUGCGGGAGGAGAUGACUUUGCAGGAAUCCUGCUCGCAGGAGUUUGCAGGCAAUCUCGCCUGCGAUGCCUCGCGCUUGCCCCGGGGCUACGCCCGCGAGGGGGUCGGCGCGGCCCUCCCGCGCUCACGUUUCAUCAUCUCUUUGUCCAACGAGCGCCAGACACCCCGGCCCGCGGCCCCCGCCGCCUCCCUCCUCCUCCCGGCUCGCGGUUACCUCGCAUAA